AUGAAAAUUGAACAGUCAGUUUCAAUAUCAAAAUCGAACCGUAGUGGUGCAACAAAUCCUGUUUAUCUGCAUAGAUAUUGUAAAUUUUUGACUGGUGAUAAUGAAGAAGAUUUACAAGAUAUGUUAUUGACUUUUGAUAAAGAUGUACUUGAUGAAGAUGAGCAAACGCUAUCGUCUUAUGGUAUAGAAGAAGGAUCUCAGCUAGAAGUACAAUAUUCUGAUAUGACAAUUCGUGAUAUCGGUUCUUUAGGAUUAAGAUUCGUCGAUGUUAACAAUUGUCAAGGUUUACAACGACGUGAAUGGUCCGAAACAGCUCCGCCCUGGCGAAGAACUAGAUGUGGUUUAUGUCUUGAAGGUAAAUGUACUAAUUCUCAAUGCAAAGCUUACAAUAAGACUGUUAUUAUGCCUAUUGGUUACAAGAAAUUCGAUGUUCUGCUCGAUUGCGAUGAGACAACAACCAUAUGUCCGAUAUGUAAAACCUUCGUUCAACCUUCUAGCUGUGGUUUUAAUAAUUGUUGGUGGAGAUUCGAAGGACGAAAACAGGAAGCAAAUAGUAAUGGUAGGCCACCUAAGAAAUGUUCCAGCAAUUGGAGUCAAGUAGAUGAUGCAUAUCAUUAUUUUGAUGAGCUACAGAGUGGAACAGUGACAUGGUUGCAACUUAUAGUUGAAGCUGUCAAAAAUAAACCUGCAUAA